AUGAUACAAAGGGCGAUUAUCAAAUUAUUCAUUGAUAGGAAUAAUCGGAAAUCUCGGAAAAAGGCCUUCAAAAUUGCUGUUUCUCAACCAGGGGUGGAAUCAGCAGCUAUAAAGGAAGGUGAAGAUUUCCAAUUAGAAGUAGUGGGAGACAUUGACGCAGUAGAUCUUACGAACUGCCUCAGGAAGAAAUUGGGCCACGCUCAGCUACUGAGCGUUGGCCCUGUUGUCGUUGUUACUGAUAGUGACAACGACAACGACAACUUGGGAGGGGGCACAGGUUUCGAUGCAAAUCCGCAACCCCAUAGUUACCCAUAUUUUGGCGUACCUCAAUACCAAGUUUAUGAAGUUAGCGACCCGAACCCGGAAUGUUGCUCCAUUAUGUGA